AGAAGGAGGAGGAGGAGAGAGAGAGGGACUGGAGAGGGUUGCAUUGCAUGAAGAUCCGAUGAAGGCUAUUGCAAUAAGAGGGCAAGAGAGAGGGGUGGGGGCAGAAUGACGCUGAUUCGGGGCUAUUGAUCUCUUCCUCCCCUCUAUACGGGGUCAGUAGUUUGAUCAGAGCGCGCGCAGGAUCACACAGAAGAGCCACACACGCGCUUUUGUAACAUGAAGCGGCGCGUAUAGAGCUAUCCAACAGGACACUCAUCACCAAUCCGAUCCAGUCUGUCUCUAACCUGAUGACGGGAAACAAUAAGAUUAUCCAGCAGGACAGGAGAACGACGCGUUAUAUCUCAGGAGAAAAGUAACUGGUGUGCACUGACAGAUGAUGGUGCGCUCGAGAUCAACAGAUCUGGCCAUGAAGCCGUUCAGAAUCUCCGCGCUGAUGAUGUUCCUCUUCGCAUCUGUUCAUAUCUCGUGCCCAUCGCAGUUCCCCAGUCCGCUCAUGAUAAAAGAAUGGGUAGAUCAACUGCAGCAGGAGCUGGUUUCUCUAGCAGACACAGCCAGCGCUGGGAAUAAUCUAAGACAGAUCUUUAUGGAUAAUCAGAAUUAUUUCACUGUGAAAUCAAAUAAUGCGGCACAGCUUGUGGAAACAGCGGCAAGGAAUAUAGAAAAUUUUUUGAAGAAGCGAGCCGCAGCUCUAGAGACUUUGGCAACUGCAGCAGAGAAUUUCCAAAUGGAGCAUCAAUGGAAAGAUGAAUUUGAAGAGGAUGAUAUAGUUUACUUUAAUGCCAAGGAUAAUCUUGAAGCCAAUGAAACAGAAGGAAGGAAAAACCGGAUCAGACCUGCAUUUAAAGAAGACCCGUCAUUCAAAAACCGCCUCACCUCCUACAACCAUACGGCAGUGCAUAUCCCCACGGACAUAUAUGACGGCUCCACCAUUGUGUUGAAUGAGCUGAACUGGACUGAAGCACUGGAAGACGUCUUUAAGAAAAACCGAGAAGAGGAUCCAACGCUACUAUGGCAGGUGUUCGGCAGCGCUACUGGAUUAGCUCGCUAUUACCCAGCUUCCCCUUGGAUGGAUGCCAGGAAAACGCCCAGUAAAAUCGACCUGUACGAUGUGCGCCGGCGACCUUGGUAUGUUCAAGGUGCCGCGUCGCCCAAGGACAUGCUGAUUCUUGUUGAUGCGAGUGGAAGUGUAUCUGGACUGACCCUUAAACUGAUCCGAACCUCUGUCAGUGAAAUGCUGGAGACACUUUCUGAUGAUGAUUAUGUCAAUGUUGUCCAUUUUAACACAAAAGUGAAUAACACGGCAUGUUUCGACCACCUGGUUCAAGCUAACGUUCGCAAUAAGAAGAUCUUAAAAGAUGCAGUGCAGAACAUCACAGCCAAGGGCAUCACCAACUACACCAAAGGCUUCGAAUUUGCCUUCAAUCAGCUGUCAAAUCCAAACAUCACCAGAGCUAACUGCAACAAGAUCAUAAUGCUGUUUACUGAUGGAGGCGAGGAGAGAGCAGAGGAGGUCUUCAGCAGAUACAACAUUGACAAAAAGGUGCGUGUGUUCACUUUCUCUGUGGGUCAACAUAACUAUGACACCUGGCCAAUAAAGUGGAUGGCCUGUGCUAAUAAGGGAUAUUUCUAUGAAAUCCCAUCCAUUGGAGCCAUUCGCAUAAACACACAGGAGUAUCUAGAUGUUUUGGGCAGGUCAAUGGUCCUUGCAGAUGCCAAACAAGUGCAGUGGACCAACGUUUAUCUGGACGCUCUGGAGUUGGGCCUAGUCAUCACAGGCACGCUACCCGUGUUCAACAAGACCAAAUCCAGGAAGGGCGGAUCUCGAAACCAGCAUCAGAACCAGUUGAUUUUAGGAGUGAUGGGGGUGGAUGUGUCUCUCGAUGAUAUCAAAAGAUUAACGCCCCGCUUCGCAAUUGGUCCUAAUGGAUAUUAUUUCGCAAUUGAUCCUAACGGUUACGUGCUGCUCCAUCCAAACCUACAACCAAAGAACAGGAUUCAGAGCCGUCGCCGCCGGCUAAGUAAAAAGCUUGCUCUUACAUUCCCUGAGGUGAGACCAUGCAAACUGUGGGUGAGGGAGGGAUUUGGAUUGACACAUGAAGCCGACACAUGUCAGUCAUAUCUGGGCGAUGUGGGGGUCCCCCGGGGCCCGGUAGCGGAGCAGAGGAUACGGACUCUGAUGAUUGACAGAGACCCUGGGGAGAAAACAAUAGAAACGCUUGUGAAAUCUCAAGAUGAGAGAUACAUUGAUCGAGGAGUCAGGACGUACACCUGGGCGCCAGUUAACGGGACAGACUACAGCCUGGCCUUGGUUUUGCCUGAAUACAGUCUGCAUUACAUCGAGGCAAACAUGGGGGACACUAUAAAACAAGCCAUGUCCUUUGAAACCAUGCAGCAAGAGAAAUUUGAGGAAUAUGGGUACACCUUUAUUGCACCCAGGGAAUACUGCAAGGACCUCAAAAUCUCAUCCAACAACACCCAGUUUCUGAUGGACUUCAAUGAGUAUAUUGACAGGAAAACUCCAAAUGAUCCUCUGUAUGGAGUUUUGGCCCAGUUUGUGGCUACAGAUGGAGGCAUUACACGUGUGUAUCCUAAAAGUGCCGGGGAAGAAUGGGGUGAAAACUCUGAGACCUAUGACUCAAGUUUUUACAAAAGGAGUCUGGACAAUGACAUAUACAUCUUCACCGCCCCAUACGUCAACAAGAGCAGAGAGUCUGGUUACGAGUCCGGUAUCCUUGUCAGUAAAGCAGUGGACUUGGACAUUAAUGGAGCAAAACUCAAACCUGCUGUGGUGGGAGUCAAACUCAACGUGUCGGCCUGGAUGAACAGCUUCAUAAACGCUACCACCAAGAAAAAUUGCAAGGAUGAGAUCUGCGGGUGCCUCCGAAAUGAUAAGCAAGUGGACUGCGUGAUUCUGGACGAUGGUGGAUUUCUGCUCAUGUCCAAUCAGGAUGAAUAUAUCACACAGAUAGGUCAGUUCUUUGGUGAAGUGGACCCUGUUCUGAUGAUCACGUUGGUUAAUACCUCGCUGUUCUCUUUUAAUAAAACCUACGACUACCAAUCCGUCUGCGACCCAGAGAGAGAAACUAAAGCUGCUGCCGGACCCCGCUCUAUAUAUGUGCCAACUAUAGCAGAUAUGCUGACUGUAGGCUGGUGGGCCUCUACUGCGGUCUGGUCAGUUUUGCAGCAGCUACUUCUCAGUCUGACUCUCCCAAAUAUAGUGGGAACAGCAUACUCGGAGGAUGACCUCUCGGAUGCGUUCUCCAAAGAGAGCUGUAUCACCGAACAGACUCAGUAUUUCUUUGAGAACGAGAACAAAUCUUUCUCAGGAGCUAUGGACUGUGGAAACUGCUCCAGAAUGUACCGGGCCGAGAAGCUCCCAAACACAAAUUUGGUUUUUUUGAUCUCUGACGCCAAGAGUUCCUGUCUGUCCUGCGAUCCCAAACCACUGAGACAAGCUGAACAGCCCUCUACUGGUCCUGAUCCAUGUGUGCUGACCCAGAACCCUCGGUACAGGAAAGGACCGGACGUCUGCUUUGACAACAACGCAGAUGAGGACGCGUCUGACUGUGGUGGUGGCUGCAGUUUGAGUCCGUCUCUCUGGCCGAUGUUGGCUCUUCAGCUCCUUCUACUCUGGCUGCUUACUGGAACCAGAACCUGUUUGUCCUGACCAGAGCAUAUCUACAGACUAGAAACAACAACUACUAACUGAACUGCUUAUUAUACAGACCACAACAUAACCACACUUCGACUAUAUGACCUAAGAUUGUUUGUUUGUUUGUUAGUCAGCCCAAAACAAUACGACUAAUGCAGAUUCAAACUCUACUGUAAAAUUGACACGACUCUUCAAUUCACUGCCAAAUACUGCCCUCUCAGACCAACCCGAAAAAGCAACACAGUCAGACACGAGAGACAUAUAUACACUUAUCUUUUUGACUUUUUAUCACAGGAACCACGUUAUGACCACAGAAAUGGUUCAUGCAAAAUGUUUAGUGCCGCACAUAUAAUGUGUCAACAGUGUGGUCAGAGACGGCUUGCAGCACCAGCCCGGAUCUGAAGCAGGGUUUAAUGGGACAGGAAAGACUGUUCAGCUCUGGAGCUCAUUAUGAAUUCUGCUGGAAGUGAGCUUUGCAGCAGUAGUAGGUCAGUGAUGCCACACCCAAGCCCUUUAGGCCCAUCAAGGGCUGUUUUUCUUGUUUUAUGUUCUUUGAUUUGUCUGGUAUGUGCAGUAGGGGAAAUCUCAUGAAGAAAUCUGUAAGUCAUAUUUCACCUCAACAUUAAAAGAUAUGAAUAUAGUAUAUACAGUACCAUUGAAAAGUUUGGGGUUGGUAAGAAUUCUGUAAUGCUUUUGAAAUAGGUCUUUUAUGUUCACCAAGACUGCGUUUAUUAUUAAGAA